AUGGAAAUGGUAAAUGAAACGCUAAACGAAGACGAUGACUUGAUGAUGACUGAUGAAAGCGACAUUGCUAUGUUAGCCAGAUUUUAUUAUUGUUUUAUGUUGGCAUGUAUACUCAUUGGAUUAACCGGUAAUAGCAUGGUUUGGGUACUUAUCAGAUCAAAUAGAUUCCUUCGAAAACUACCUUCAAAUACUUAUCUGCUGACACUUUCAGCAAUGAGUAGUCUCUUUCUGAUUUCAUUAUUCACUUUUUGGUUGGAGGAGGUAAGUAAUCUGGAAGAAUUAGCAUCUAGGGCAGUAAAUUCAAGGUUGAUUAAACUAAUAAUUUCAGUGAGAAAUAUCGCUAUGGUUUUUCAGGAACAUCUUCUAGUGUAUCGUUCUGCUUUAUUUUGCAAAUCGCUAACAUUUGUUGCUCAUUUCUGCGAUUUUUCUUCGGUUUGGCUUAUUGUGUUGGUUGGCUUCGAACGACUUGUCCUUCUUUACCGCUCAUCGUUCGUGCAUUAA